AAAAUACGUGCAUGAUAUGAAAGUGUUCCAUUAGUGUAAUUAAACGUUAAAAUAUAUAAAAAUGAAGUUUGACGAAAUACUGACGGAAAUAGGAGAGUUCGGGACGUACCAGAAGAGGCUAUAUUUUCUUAUAUGUUUACCGAGCAUAAAUGCCGGUAUUUUUAUGGUAAUUUCCGUAUUUCUCCUUGGCGUCCCCGAUCACAGGUGUGCUCUGCCAGGCGUCGAAAACGACACAUACCAGAUACAAGACCUCUUCCAUGAACGUCUGGUUAACCGCUCCAUUCCGCCGUCCACUGACGAAGGCCUAACUUACGACGAAUGCAACAUAUACACGGAUGAUGGUAGCGAGUAUGGUGGCUUCUCCAGGCCAGCCAAUGCCACCACAGUCGCCUGUGAUCGUUGGGUGUAUGAUGACUCUGUGUUUGACAUCACAUUUACCUCAGAAAAAAAUCUUAUUUGCGACGAUGAACUCCUACCAUCUAUCGCGAAGAUGCUUUUCUUUGCUGGUGUGUUGGUCGGUGCCCUAUUCUUUGGAAUUCUGUCGGAUAAAAUUGGAAGGAAGAAAACCCUAAUGGUAUCAUUCCUGUUAGUUAUUGCAUCCAGUAUUGCUCUCUCGUGGGCGAAUUCCUACGCCAUGUUUGUUGCUAUGAGGUUUUUGGUUGGAGCUGGGAAUUCUGGGAUAUUUAUGACAGGUUUUGUAAUUGGUAUGGAAAUGGUUGGACCCUCCAAGAGGAUAUGGGCGGGCGUGGUUAUUGAGUAUUUCUUUGCCCUCGGGCUUGUCAUUCUGGCUGGGGUCGGCUAUCUGCUGAGAGAAUGGAGAUACAUUGAGAUGGUCGCAGCUUUUCCCAACAUUUUGUACCUCUCUUAUUUCUGGUUUCUUCCCGAGUCCCCUAGAUGGCUCUUGUCCAAGGGUCGAGUCCAGGAAGCUGAGGUUAUCUUGAGAAAGGCUGCUCAAGUCAACGGUGUAUCUCUACCUGACAAACUUUUUGACGAAGAUAGUUCAGACAGUUCUGCACCUCAGGGACAAAUCUGGCAUCUAUUUUCGUCCAAAACCAUGGCGUUUAGAACGUUUGUGAUUUUCAUUAAUUGGAUGGUUGUGAGUAUGGUAUACUAUGGACUUUCCUUAAACACUGGCAAUCUUGGAGGAAACUUUUACCUCAACUUCACCAUCUCUGGUCUUGUGGAAUUCCCCGCAUACACUCUGUGUAUUCUGCUGCUCAACAGACUGGGCAGGAAAUGGCUGCACUGCGCAUGCAUGGUUAUUGGAGGGCUAGCAUGUAUCUCCACUGUUUUCACGACGCUUUAUGCUAGAGAUGAUCUGCAAUGGGUAACAGUCACCCUUGCCAUGAUAGGGAAGGUGGGGGCAGCAGGGGCUUUUGCUGUGAUCUACGUGUUUUCUGCGGAACUCUACCCGACCAUAGUCAGAAAUGCAGGGAUGGGGGCCAGUUCAUGUUUUGCUCGUUUAGGAGGGAUGGCCGCGCCGUAUAUUGCUGAUCUGAACAAAGUAGUGCACGGUGAUUUUGGGCGUGCUCUGCCGCUGGUCGUGUUCGGUGGAGCGAGUGUAGCGGCGGGGCUGCUGGCUCUUUUCCUACCUGAAACACUCAACAGACUACUUCCGGAAACCAUAGAAGACGCCGAAAACUUCGGAAAAACUCUGCAUGGUGAAAAGGAGGUGUAUGUCAACGAUGCCUAUUCACCUUCAAAAGAAACGAAGGACAACGACAAAAAUGGAGAAAUGCUUUUUUAAAACUUUUGAACAAACUAGCACUGUGUUGUUUAUCAUAAAAAUAGUUACGCUUCAGUAUAAUAUGCAAACAAGUCCUUGAACGUAUAAUUUGUAUUUAUAUUUGCUGUAAAUGGAAUGUAUUCGUGCAUGCGUGUAAUGUUUCGUUGAACCAGUCAAAAGGAGUAACGUUUUGGGUUUUAUUCCGACGGGUAGACGUUCGUCUACACCCUUUUGGGGUCGGGCAUGUUCCAUAUAUAAACAAAGUCAGGCGAAUUUUAUUUCGUGGUUGACGUUCUAAAACAGUUCUAUUAAAUCAAGACUUUCAAUAACCAUCUAAAGUCCUACAUAUCCCCACGAACAUUGAUAUGUUCCUUAAUUUAGAUGAUAAAAUAUCUUACAUUAUUAAGGUGUUGUUAAACUGAUAGUUGUGGCUUGUCUGUAUUGAAAACCUAAUAUGACAUUUUUUAUUAAUUGUUUGGUUUGUAAAUCUUUAAAGCAGCACUCUCACAGAUUGAAAGUUUAGAAAACUUUUUAUUUUUUUGUCCUGGAGCGAGCCAAUUUAUGCGA